UUUUUUUUCACCCAUUCAAAUCUUGAAAAAUGUGCCUAUUAGCUAUCUCCAUCAUAAAAAAUUUUCCUGCGCAUAAUAAUUAUAAGAUCUAGAUGUAGACAUAAACACAGCACACAACUGACACAAGACAUUAUUAAUAUUAUUAUCAUGAUUCUCAGUGUUAUAACUAUUGCUGACUUGAACUACCGUAAGCGUUCUAAUUAUAGAACCAGCCUCGGUUAGGACGCCCUAUUUUAUAACACCCAUAUGCUAUCAUACUAUUUUUUUCAUACAUUGUUUCUAGAAAAAUAAUUAUUUUACUGGUUCUUUAAUUAGAAUGAUUACGGUAUUCCAUAAUACCGUAUAGCGCGAAAUUUUCGAGGGGCUUAAUUUUCGUGGAUUUCGUGGGUUAGCAAUCUUACACGAAAAUUAAGUCCACGAAAAUCGUUCUUUACCUGCUAUAACGUGCAAGAUUUAAAGGCGUGGCUUCCGGUAAGCAGUCAUUCCGCGAACAUUGUGCAACGAAAUGGCUUUUAGAGGCCAAUCCACGAAAUAUAAGUGCCUCGAAAAUUUCGCGCUAUACGGUAUUCACUUUUAGGCCAAUGUUAAUCAAUGUCUUGUUUCUGGUUACCUCCCUCCUCAAAUUUCACUGCCUCAUCAAAAAACUCAUUAUUAUGACAUCACUCCAUUAUUUUCAUUAGCCACACCUACUUGUGGGUGUGUCACAUGAUAAAUAGCAUAGAUUGCAGCAUAGAUUAGGUAAGAUUUUCCUUUUUCAUAUUUGUGGUUUUAUUGUAUAUCCAGUGUGGUUAACAGGAAAUGGGGUUUUACAGGAAGUGAUGUCACAAUAAUGAAUAAUGAUAACCUCCCUCCCUCACUAGUGGUAAGGUGAUUUCCAAACCAGAAACAAGACAUUGACGAACACUGGCCUUAGUAUUUUUUGUCCUAAAAACGUCGUUGUGCAAAACUUAAUGUAAUGAUUUUUACCAAAAAUAGACAUUGAUGCCCAAUUAUUCUUUAGACACCUAUUAUUAUGCUAAAAUUAUUUUGAGCAUAAUACAAAUGGUGUAAAUAGUAGCCUGUAGCAUCACCAUUUUUAUACAUUCACAUAAGCCUACACACAGACCAAGCAUUCAUCCUGGGCAACAUAAUUAUAAUCCAGGAGCCGCAGCCUCUGCCUCGCCAUGGCAAUAGAGAGUCACCAUAAUACUGACACAUGCAUGCAGAUGGUAGGUACAUUGGCUCAGUUCGUGGCCAACUUCAUGCCCCUAUCAUCAACUGUUCGAGGGCUAUGGAAAAGAGUCACAGCGGCAAUCGAACAAUACUCUAUUAUAUACAUGCACAGUGGAGAGGAAGUUGAAACAGGGGGCCCAGCCCCCCCCCCCCCCCAACAUCGAAUGCCUGAGUUGGAUAGGUGUUCUAAUUAACCAAUUGACAAGGAGAAAACAUAAAUUUGUAAGCAGAAUGAAAGAAGGAUUGCUUUUUUGGACGUUUCUGAUGAUAAUACUCUUGUAACAUGUUUUAUAAUUGAACGCAAUUCUGCUGUAUACGGCAUUAUUAUACAACUUGAAUGUAUAACAAAGUAUAACAAACUUCAGUGUGUGUGUGGUGUGUGUGUGGGUUAUGAGAGUACAAAUAAUUAUUAUAUAGACCUUAGCACUUGUUCAGAGCUAAUAAGCUUGCAGCUAAUCAUGAUGUCAUAAUGAAGAGGUCUGGCUUCCUGCAUGUCUCAAAUUUUCCGCCGCUCUGCGGGGUGGGGUGCUUUGUACCACCCAAGUGGCCCCCCCAACCUUUUAACUGUUCUUACUCCACUGAUGCACACAUGCAGAGGUGCAUAUAAUAAGCCUUGUUUAUGAAUUACUUGUCGUAUACAUGUGUAGUCACAAUUCACAAUAGUAAUAGGGUUUGUUUGUUUGUCGCAAAUGAUUAACUACGCAUUCAAAAUCUGAUAUACGGUAUCUUGUAUUUUGUUUUGAUUCUUUAGCCCGGUUUAAGGUACCACCAGUGUCGGUGGUGCAGGCCAAAGGUGUGGACGCAGUCUUAAGUGUCUGUAUCUUGGUGCUGUUAACCACAGUUGGGGAAUCAAUGGAACCUUUCCAGCAGAAGGCAAGCACCCACCUGAUGUUACCCGUACCCAAGCGUCUGAUAAUACCCCAGCAACAGCACAUUACAACAACACUGUGGUGCUGUGUAGAGUUGUUGAAAUGGAAGGAGGGCUCGGGCUCCAGUAUGUGGACUUACUGAGACGCAGUACACUUUUACAUAUCCCAACCACAAUCGGUAUAAUGGCACAUUUUUUUCCACUGUGACUCCUGUUGAAGGAGGGAAUCAAAUGAAAGGAACAGCUAGUGAACCAGUUGCUGGAUCAUUUACAUCAGCCAGAGCUAGGUGGCUAGUGUACUUAUACUGAUCAUGGUUCUUUGUGGUUUAUAAGUGCUUCUCUACGGGUGUAAGAACAGUUGUCAGCCAAGGAGAAGACUCAGAUAAAAAAUGUGUGAUGUUUGAAGCAAUGGUCCCUGAAUGUACACUGUUUACUUUGUAUCGAGUGGAAUUUGGAUCACUACUAGUAGGAUUCUAAGAGUGGUGCUCUUAACGCAUCUGGAAAUGUUUCAAUCACCUUCUCACUUCCUACUGACAUUCUAACAAAUAUCUCUGUGCUGCUAAUGGAAUUGACCUGAUGUUUGAGAGUUUAUUAAGUACUAGUGAUAUUCAAAGACUUCUACCUGAGACUAUAAUUGUUCCGAAAGCAUCAGUAUGUGUGGCCAUAUUGAAUAUGCUGUGGAUUCUUUUUCUCUUGGGGCUCUUAAUGUAUUUAGUUCCCAUCACAAGUUAUCAUGCACAAGUGAGUCCAGCAGCAUUAUGUUGGCUGUGCCAAGGAGUACGGGUGAUAGUUUCAGUAUCAGUCACAUACCUCCUGGAAGAUACAGUCUCCUUGCUUUUGACCUGGAGAACAACCGUCUGCCAAGAAUGCCACUCUCUCUAGCAUCUACAAGUGAAAUACUGGAAGUGAGUACGUCACGAGGAACUGCUGCUCCCCUGCCCAAUAGUGUAGGAAUCACUGCCGUUAAGUUAAUCAAUGGAGAUGUUGAAGUGUACUGCUCUAUAUACCUGUAACGAACUGCUUGGUGUUGGUUCAUUCAAUCAACUCGCCAGAACAAUUAUAAUUAUGUCCGGCUCAUCAACUCUACUGAUGAAAGAAAAACUGUCUUCUCUGUUGAUCUCAUUGGUAUAAUGCCACAGCCUUUGUAGCAGUGCUCACUUGGGAGAAAAUGACUCUAUAUUUGACAGUCAAUUAUCCCUCAUCACCCAACUAGAAACAUAUCCUAACCGGAAACAUCGCUGUCUCAACCAUGCCAAUCAUUUCGGCUCCUCAGACACUACCCACUGCAGUAGUAGCAGUUCUUCUGGUUCUAGUCGUAAUAAAGAGGACUAAACGAGGCAGAAAAGUAUUAAAUUCCAGCUGCCGUCACAUGAAAAGUACUAGUCACUUCAGUGGAUACAGCAAUGCAUCCUCAGUACAGAAUGAAGGUGUUGAAUUAACGUCUGUUAUUGGACUCCACGAUGUGUGCAAGGAUGACAAUUACAACAUAGCUGACAGCGGUAUUGCCUUGUCAUCAACUUACAAUGUAAUCCGUGAAGAGAACUUACAUGACAGAGGCAAAUCACCAUAUGAUGUAAUCAUCACUGAGGACCUUUCCGAUAUUGGUAGUGGAGUGUAUGACGUAGCACGUAAGGAGAACAUGAAUAACUCAGCAGACGCCACACGAUCUCCUUAUGUUGUGGUCAGUAGCGAGUACUUACCGCCACCUGGCUACGAAUCAGUCACGGCUACAACGUCAUCUGCUUCACUGUUUCCCCCAUCCCUAGAGCAGCGAAGCUCCGUCUCUUCCUGCCCCAUACGACUCUGGAGUGGAUACUCUUUUAGAGAGUGUCGUUAACGGGUCAGUUCAGAAUGAUGUUGUGGUAACAAAGGACGAGUCAAAGCAAGGAGAUGUAUUUUUAAAUGAGAAAUCUGCUGAUGAGACAAAAGACGAUAUUGAUGACGACGGACAAGAGGUCAUAGUUGAGAAAAAUAUAUGGAUUUAGCUCAUGUCUUCUCUUGCAACUCGCAGUCCAUUUGCACAGUAUCCAGACACAAGUAGGUAUCAGGAGUGCAUCCUGUAGGUAUUUAUUCCAACAUUAACUUUGAAGCCACUCCCAUCGGUUUUGGUGGAAAAGUUGUGACGGACGUUGCCCAGCUGCGUAGCUAGCAUCACCAACCAUUCUCGUGCAACACCUGUAUGUGAUGGUCAAAACAGAGCCAGGUGCCAACUCAGACGACCCCACAAGGGUUGUGUACGCUCAGGUGAACAAGAAGAAACAGAAGCCUGUCCGUCUUACUGGGUCAGCUGCCGCUGUUGCUGCUCCCGUGAAGCGCUCACCGCUCAUCUGUGACACCCUAAUGGAAGAGCUCCAUCUUCUGGCAGGGAGGUGGAAGGACCUAGCGAGAACACUGGACAUGGAUGAAGAGGACGUGAUAAUAUCUUCAGUAAUAACGAGAAUGACCAACUGAGGCUGCAUGAGCUGGUGGAGCUUUACUUCAGUAGCACACAAUACAGACACACUUGGGAGGAGGUGGUGCAAAUGUUGACAGAUGUUGAGGAACAUAGAAUUGCUGAGAGAAUUCAAAAGGAUAAAGUUGAUUCACUAGGUAUUGCGGAGCCAAUCAAGCAGCUUCUGUGGAUUCUUGUGACCGUAUUCAGUCCACUGCAAGUACAUAGCCCUAGCUGAACAAUCUGUCAUCUUGAUUGUAAUCAAAUUUUUAACUUCCCCUCACUGGAUGCAAUAGCCCCUGUAAACCGUGUAUUUUUUCUAGCUAUAAUAUUAUUGUUUCAUAAUCUUACUCAUUUGUGUGAAUUUGCAUUGCUUUCUUGUUUGUCUGAUGCAUUUUAUAUAGAGAAGCUUAUACCUUAAUG